AAAAUUAUAAAGUAAUCUAGGAAGUAAAAUUGCGAAUCUACCGACCUUCUUGGAGAAAAAGUUGGAUUUUCAUAUCUACAAAUUCCUGAAACUAAACAGCUCUGCUGAAAUUUUACCUACAAAGUUGCUAAAAGCAUGACUAAAACUAGUACUGAACUUUGACAUUGACGUUGGUACGUGCAAUGUUAUAGCGGUAUAGCUUCCAUAAAGUUUAUAAAAGACCUUAAAAUAUAUAAUAUAUUGAUUUACUGUUUAAAAAUGUGCAUUGUCACUCAUUCAUAUUAUAUUCAUUGUGAUUGUGUUUGCUAUGGCUAUAAUAGGCUAUAGUAUAGUAUAGCCACUGAAAAAUAUUAAUACGUCAAUUUAAUACUAUAAUAACUAUUCCGACCUGGGUAUCAUCAGAAGUGAGAGGUUGGGAGUGAUGAAUAGCUUCUAAGGAGCUAUUUGUAGUAAACUACCAAUAGUUUCUAGAUAGCUAGCCUAUACUAUACUAUUGGGAGCAUGUAGGUGGCUAUACUAUUGGUAACUUUCCUAUCAAAAACUACUAAGGGGGCGUCCAUUAAUUAUGUACAAAAAAUAGGGGAAGGGGGGAUAUAAAAUGUUGACAUAAUUAAAUAGGAGGUGGGGGCCAUUGAAAGUUUGACAAGUUUUGUCAGUGAGGGGUUGGGGGGGGGGGUAAAAAAAAACUUAAUUGGGGAUAGAUUGAUGUAGUGCGGUACUGAAUAAGAGUAAGAAUUGGUUGAUUAAAUAAUUUUAUUGUUGGGUUUGUAUAAACAAAUUUUGGUAUCAAAUGAAAGGUAAUUGAAUGGACUAUAUGUUUCUAAACUUACUUCUUCAGUUUAACUAAAAUAAACUACCACACAUGACAUGCGAAUAGCAUUUAGUCUAAAGCAUCUAUUCAGUAUGCAAGUAUUCAGUAAAAUAAGUAUAGUGGCCUGCUAUUUCAGAGAGGCAUCAAUAAAUAAUGGUACACAUAAAAGUUUGUAAUUAGGCCAUGGGGAAGGGUUGCAACUAUGUAGGUAGGUUUUUGUAGGUCAUAGUGCCCAUAGGCUUCUCUAAAAGGUUCCUCUUCAAUAAAUUUGCAUUUCAACUUGGUGCAAUACUCCCGGUACCUGGGUUUAAAGCUGAUAGUGUAUUUUAGAUAAGGAAAUAGCACAUACUGAUACUGUUAGUUGUUAGUACCGGCACUUUAAAAUAAUGAUAGAUUUUGAGUUCACAAAAAUAUGUGUCACCACAGACUGGCAGUACUGGUAAUUUAAAAUAAAGAUAGUUUUUGAAUUCACAAAAAUUUAUGUUGCAGAAGAAUAAUAAAAACAGGUUUUAUUCUGAAACAAGGUCAAUAUAGUUUUUACAGACUAAUAUCAGGUAUUUAACUACUCAAUUUUUUUCUUUUAUUUUCAGAAAAAGUAUUAUAGAAGAUGUCACUAGAGCUUAUAGAUCUCGAGCAUGGCAGACGAGUUUUAGGUCCAGGAGACAGAGGUUUUUUAAUAAGCUUGGCUAAGUUGCGAUGGAACCGGAAUUCGGCCCAAGAGAUAAUCAAAUUACUGAAGAGCUAUGCACAACCAUUUUAUGAAGAAAAGGUUUGAAAAUAAAUCUGUGACAGUAAAAUUUUUAAACUGUGUAUUGGCUGAAAAGAUAUCUUUCAUUAAAAAAAUUAUCAAGUGCAGCAAAAAACAAUGCUAUCAUUUACUUAACUGCCUUUUUUCUGUUGUCUUAAAAUUUGGCCAGAUAAGGCUCCAGUCACAGCACAUUCAUGUUAGCCUCAUGGCUUGAAUAAGAAUAACAGAUUGUUGUUGUUGCAGGAAACCCAGUUCCUUUAAAUAUUAUAGAUAAUUGGAUAGGAAAAUUAAACUUUUGCAGUUAGAGAAAAAUGUGUCAAGUUUCAUACUUGAACUUUAAGCAACCAUCUCAAUAUUUGAAAUAUCAGUACUCAGAAUGAACAAUGUUCUGGUACAUUCUAAAUGUGAAUACAUCGUCAGUGGCCCCACUAAACAAAUUAAUUAGUCAGAGUUAACCAUUUUUACCUUUCAAGUUAUCAAAAAUUAAAAGAAAAUAAAAAUAAAAUGAUAAAGUUUUUUUAUGAAGAUGACAGCCUUUAGAUAACUAUUGAACUAACUAAGAGUGGCAACAACAGUGUUUUCUUUGUAAUGCUACUCAAACCAAGCAUAUGUUUUGAGUUUAGUGUUAUGCAUGUUUUUUUUAAAGGUCAAUUUGUUCAGGUUUUCAUGUUUUUAAAAUUUUGUUUUUAAUUAAUUUUAGCUCAAAACAAUUAAUAUAUUUGUUGUAAAUAUAUUUGUUUCCAAAACAGUGAAAAUAUAAUAUGGUUCCAGUUUUUGUUGUUAAUAAUGUUAGUGUACAACUUUCUUUAGGGGGAUUCUAGUGAGUUUUUUAAAUGUACAUGAAGCAAGUAAUUCAUAAAAAAUAUUUGCAUUUCAGUUUCCAGAAUGCAAAGUUUCAAUAAAAGAGGAAGCUGGAGAGAGUGCUGAUACAUCAUCACAAAAACCUAAGGGCAGAGAACAAGGCAAUAAUAUAAAUAUACAGUUUGUGCAAAGAGAGCUCAUUUACAAUAAUUGUGGAUUUAUAGCAUGCAACCUUGCAGACCCUGCAGAGUUUGCUCACUAUGUCCUCAGUAAGCUAUCCGAGUUAAAGUCAGAGUCAAAAAUAAAAUUUCCAUUUAGAAUCAUGCCAGUUGAAGAAGUAUGUGAAGCAAAACCCAAAGCAGUUGAAAAGGCAGUGCUUCCCCUGAUUGAAAAAACUCUUGGAGUCGGUAAUCAGCCACUGAGGUUUUCUCUCAUGUACCGUGGGAAUAACGAGGUUGAAUCUUUAACACAGCAGGAGGCCAUAGCUAUCGUGCGCAACUGUGUAUGGGCUGUUAAUCCCAACUGUGUUCAGUGUAUCAAGUAUCAGGACUAUGCUGUUGUAAUGCACAUGCUGUCUCCUCUAUUUCUGAUUGGAAUAUGUAAAGACUUUCAGCGUCUUGCUUGUUACAAUACAUGGACUAUUAAACAAGGACUUGAUCUUACUGAUCUGGGCGAGGACAGUGAAGAUGACAUUAGUGACAACCCUGACCUAGAUGAAGAUGAAGAGAAAAAAAGAAAGCUGCGUAUCAAGCGGAAGCGCCGAGCUGAGAAAGCCGGCUUGUUGCAGACAGAAGAUGAAAUGAAAAAGAGUCCUGAAAUGAUGGAAGCAGAUGAUGAAGUUCAAGAUGGACCAUUAGAGAUGGAAGAUAGAAAUAUUAGUAGUAACAGUGGGGAUGAUGAGUAUUGCGAUGAAUCUGUAGAGGAUACCAAUUUACAAUAAUGCCAGUUUUAUUUAUCAUUGUGGGGGAAAUUAAAAAUUCAUCAUUGACCAGUAUAUGUGGAUAGUUUUAAUAAUAUUUUUAUUUAGUGAUAUCAAUUUAUACCGUUUUGUAAUUAACAUUGAUAUACCUUUGUUUCAAAUCAUCAAUGGCAAACUGAAAUUUGUUAAGUGUUAAAUUGACCUGUUUGGUAUGCCAAAAUGAAGUUCUAUUACUGUCAACAGGUUACAUCAAGACAGACAAAUAUGUUAAAAAUUUUACCAUUGAGUUGAAGAUUUUUUUGAGUUAUUACAAGUUACUCAUAAGUUACUCAAAUGAUUCAUGAAAUUCCAUUUUUUGAAAUAAUAAUUUUUAGAUACACCUACCUGUUUUGGCACCCUUUUUCGUGUGUGUUUGUUAUUGAGAUUCAUUAAAUUGUUUUCCGUUUAAAUGUUCACACCCAAUAAAUUUAUACUAAAUGAUAAAACCAUAUGUAGCAUUUUAAAUGUAACAAACACCG